GCUGCCCAGGCAGAGUCAUUUCCAUCUCUCCAGCCCACCACACACCACCUUGCCCCUCUGCUGGCGAGAGGAGGCCUGAUCCUCUCACUCAACACCCAACUGAUUAAGACCCAGCUGAAGAGAAGCUGAGAUCUCUUCUGGAAGUUCUACAGUGAAUGAACAGUUCCUCUCAACAGACGCACCAUGUAUGCUUCACCCAGGAGAUGGAACCCCCGAAGGGCUCCUCUGGCCAGCGGACACUCGUAUCUGCCAUCCUCAGCGUGCUAUCACUCAGCCUCUCCACAACAUCCCUGCUCAGCAGCUACUGGUUUGUGGGCACACAGAAGGUGCCCAAGCCCGUGUGCGGAAAAAAUCUGGCAACCAAGUGCUUUGACAUGCCAUUGUCCCUGGAGGGCGGCGUCACCGACACACCAGCCCAGGAGGUGGUGCAAUACAGCUGGGAGACUGGGGAUGACCGCUUCUCCUUCCUUACCUUCCGAAGUGGCAUGUGGCUAUCCUGUGAGGAAAUCAUGGAAGAACCAGGGGAGAGGUGCCGAAGUUUCCUUGAACUCACACCACCAGCCGAGAGAGGUGAGAAAGGACUACUGGAAUUACCCACGUUGCAAGGCCUGUGUCACCCCCCUCUCCGAUUUGGAGGGUUGAUGGAGCGUGCUUUCCUCCCCCACCUUCCCUCUGGGCUUGUGGCAAAGAUCCUCUGGUUAUCGCUGGCCGCCCAGAUCACCUAUAUUGGGCUGCAGUUCAUCAGCUUUCUCCUGCUACUGACGGACUUGCUGCUCACGGGGAACCCAGGCUGCGGGCUCAAGCUGAGCGCCUUUGCUGCCAUUUCCUCUGUGCUAUCAGGCCUCCUGGGGAUGGUGGCCCACAUGAUGUAUUCGCAAGUCUUCCAGGCCACUGCUAACAUGGGCCCGGAAGACUGGAGACCGCAUGCCUGGAAUUAUGGCUGGGCCUUCUACGUGGCCUGGGUUUCCUUCACCUGCUGCAUGGCAUCAGCUGUCACUACCUUCAAUACAUACACCAGGAUGCUGCUGGAGUUCAAGAGCAGGCACAGUAAGAGCUUCAAAGAAAACCCAAGUUGCCUACCCAAUCACCACCGCUGUUUCCUCCAGCAGCUGUCAUGUGCAGCCCACCCAGGGGCUCCUCUGACCAGCUACCACCAGUACCACAAUCAGCCCAUCCAUUCAGUCUCGGAAGGGGUUGACUUCUACUCCACGCUCCAAGACAAGGCAUUUCAGCAAGGGCCUGGCCCUGAGCUGAAGGAAGGGACUGAGUCACCUGUAAAGGAAGAGCAGUGCUAGGCAUUAAGUGGGCUUAGGGAGCAGGCUGAGCCCUACCUUAU